UGAUUCUUUUCCUUCUGUAUCUCUCGCCGGCAUUUGGCAGAGACAACAUAAAAAAGAAAAGAAAAAGACGAAGGAACAAGAGGAAAGGUCUAUCUCACUUCUUCCCCUCUGCAUUUUGCAUUGAUCGAUAGGUACAGGUAGAAACGGUGCGUUCCUUUUUUGUUCAAGUAAAAGAUGUCGGAGGAGGAAAAAUUGUUGAAGGAUGCGAAGAAAUUGCCGUGGGAAGAUCGGCUUUUACACAAGAACUGGAAGGUCAGGAACGAGGCCAACAUCGACUUGGCCUCCGUCUGCGACUCCAUCACAGAUCCCAAGGACUCCCGCCUUCGUGAUUUUGGUCCACUUUUCAAGAAGACUGUGACCGAUUCGAAUGCGCCGGUGCAGGAGAAGGCGCUCGAUGCUUUGAUUGCCUUCUUACGAGCUGCCGACGCCGAUGCCGCAAGGUAUGCCAAGGAAAUAUGCGAUGCAAUUGUUUCCAAAUGCCUCACCGGGAGGCCAAAGACGGUGGAGAAGGCCCAGGCUGCAUUUAUGCUUUGGGUAGAACUGGAGGCAGUCGAUGCUUUCUUGGAUGCAAUGGAGAAAGGAAUAAAGAACAAAGUUGCUAAAGCUGUUGUGCCCGCAGUUGAUGUCAUGUUUCAAGCCCUGAGUGACUUUGGAGCAAAAAUUGUUCCCCCAAAAAGAAUUCUGAAGAUGCUUCCUGAACUCUUUGAUCAUCAAGAUCAAAAUGUUCGUGCAUCUUCUAAAGGAUUGACUCUUGAGCUUUGUCGCUGGAUUGGGAAGGACCCUGUAAAGUCAAUACUCUUUGAAAAAAUGCGGGAUACAAUGAAAAAAGAGCUGGAGGCUGAGCUUGUAAAUGUUACGGGAACAGCUAAGCCAUCUCGCAAAAUAAGAUCUGAGCAAGACAAAGAGCCAGAACAAGAAGCUAUGUCUGAAGUUGUUGGUCCUGUUCCUACUGCAGAGUCUUCAACUGAUGCUCCUCCAGAAAUAGAUGAGUAUGAGCUUGUUGAUCCUGUUGAUAUAUUGACUCCACUUGAGAAGUCAGGAUUUUGGGAUGGAGUGAAAGCUACCAAAUGGUCAGAACGGAAAGAUGCUGUAGCAGAGCUAACCAAGUUUGCCUCUACGAAAAGAAUAGCACCUGGUGAUUUUACAGAAGUUUGUCGGACAUUGAAGAAGCUUAUUACGGAUGUGAACAUAGCUGUUGCAGUUGAGGCCAUCCAAGCUAUUGGCAAUCUUGCCAGUGGUCUAAGAUUGCAUUUUUCUGGGAGUUCACGCUUCUUAUUGCCAGUUUUACUUGAAAAAUUGAAAGAGAAAAAACCUACAUUGAUGGAAUCACUUACUCAAACUCUGCAAGCAAUGCACAGGGCUGGAUGCUUAAAUCUUGUUGAUAUUGUUGAAGAUGUUAGGACUGCAACGAAAAACAAAGUCCCUCUUGUGCGUUCGCUAACUUUGAACUGGGUUACAUUUUGUACUGAGACGAGCAACAAGGCUGUUGUUCUAAAGGUGCAUAAGGAUUAUGUACCAAUUUUUAUGGAGUGUCUCAACGAUAUGACCCCCGAAGUGAGGGAUGCAGCCUUUUCAGCCUUGGCAGCAAUAGCUAAGUUGGUAGGCAUGAGGCCUUUGGAGAGGUCAUUGGAGAAACUCGAUGAUGUUCGGAGAAAGAAGCUCUCUGAAAUGAUUAUGGGUCAUGAAGUUGGUAUGUCCGCUGUCCUAGUCCCAGUCCAAACUUCUGGUGGGAGUGUGCCUUCUCUGGAGCUGCAGGCUUCAGAAGGUGCAUUUGUGAGAAAGUCGGCAGCUAGCAUGCUUACUGGGAAGAGGCCUGUUCAGGCAGCUCCUGUUAUAAAAAAGGGGGGCUCUAUAAAAUCAGGUGCUAACAAGAAAAGUGAUGGAACUGGACAGCUGAAAUCUUCAAAGACUAUUGAGGCUCCUGAAGAUGUUGAGCCAGCAGAAAUGGGUCUUGAGGAGAUUGAACGCAGAUUAGGUUCCCUUCUACAGUUAGAGAUCAUUUCUCAAUUGAAGAGCACUAUAUGGAAAGAACGACUUGAAGCAAUUUCCUUAUUGAAGCAGCAAGUGGAAGGUUUACAGGAACUUGACCAGUCGGUGGAGAUUUUAAUUCGUUUACUCUGCGCUUUGCCUGGUUGGAGCGAGAAAAAUGUUCAGGUUCAGCAACAGGUUAUUGAAGUUAUUACUUACAUAGCUUCUACAGUGACAAAGUUUCCAAAGAAAUGUGUUGUGCUUUGCUUGUUGGGUAUAAGUGAACGAGUAGCUGAUAUUAAGACCCGUGCUCAUGCCAUGAAAUGCCUUACUACCUUCUGUGAAGCAGUAGGUCCUGGGUUUAUUUUUGAAAGAAUUUACAAAAUUAUGAAGGAGCAUAAGAAUCCUAAGGUUCUCAGCGAGGGAAUAGUAUGGAUGGUGUCAGCUGUUGAGGACUUUGGUGUAUCACAUUUGAAACUCAAGGAUCUAAUUGAUUUCUGCAAAGAAACUGGACUGCAGUCUAGUGCGGCUGCCACUAGAAAUGCUACAAUUAAGCUCUUGGGUGUUGUGCAUAAAUUUGUUGGUCCAGAUAUUAAAGGAUUUCUGGCAGAUGUAAAACCUGCGCUGCUUAGUGCACUUGAUACUGAGUAUGAAAAGAAUCCUUUUGAGGGUGCUUCUGCAGUUCCAAAGAAGACUGUUAGGGCAUCAGAAUCCAAUUUGUCUGUGACAGUUGGUGGGCUAGAUAGCCUUCCACGUGAAGAUAUCAGCGGAAAGAUCACCCCUACUCUGCUAAAGAGCUUGGAAAGUCCUGAUUGGAAGGUUCGUUUAGAGUCAAUUGAAGCUGUCACUAAGAUUUUGGAAGAGGCUAAUAAGCGAAUUCAACCAACUGGAACAGUUGAGUUGUUUGGGGCUCUUAGGGGGCGUCUAUCUGACAGCAACAAAAAUUUAGUCAUGGCUACCUUAACAACUAUUGGCAGUGUUGCCACUGCAAUGGGACCGGCUGUUGAGAAAUCAAGCAAGGGCAUUCUGUCAGAUGUUUUGAAAUGUCUUGGUGAUAAUAAGAAGCAUAUGAGAGAAUGCACUUUGAAUGCUUUAGAUUCUUGGCUUGGUGCGGUGCAUCUUGAUAAAAUGGUUCCUUGCAUUACACUAGCAUUGACAGACACUAAGCUUGGAGCAGAAGGACGUAAGGAUCUUUUUGACUGGUUGUCAAAGCAACUCGCUGGAGUAAGUGAUUUUUCUGAUGCAGUAUAUCUUCUGAAACCAGCUUGUUCUGCCAUGACGGAUAAAUCGUCAGAUGUUCGAAAAGCGGCAGAGACAUGCAUUAAUGAAAUUUUGAGAGUUAGUGGACAAGAAACAAUUGAAAAGAUUCUUAAAGACAUGCAUGGACCGGCUUUAGCUCUCGUUGUUGAACGACUGAAACCUUAUGGGGCUUUUCAAGAAUCAUUUGAAUCGGCAAAAGUAAUGUCAGUAGGGCCAACGUCAAAAAGCAGCUCAAGGGUUGGAAAAUCUACGUCAAAUGGUGUAAUGAAGCAUGGAAAUAGAACUAUGCCUUCGAGAGCCAUUGUAACAAAGGGCUCAAAGACAGAGUCAGUAACGUCUGUUCAGGAUAUAGCUGUACAGUCACAUGCAUUAUUUUAUGUCAAGGACUCGAACAAGGAGGAUCGGGAGAGAAUGGUAGUUCGUAGGUUCAAGUUUGAAGAGCCACGGUUAGAACAGAUUCAAGAUCUUGAGAAUGAUAUGAUGAGGUACCUCAGAGAGGAUUUGCAUAGGCGGCUUCUAAGUACAGAUUUUAAGAAGCAAGUGGAGGGGCUUGAGAUGCUGCAGAAGGCACUUCCAUCCCUAGCAAAGGAAAUUAUUGAAGUUCUGGAUGUACUUCUGAGGUGGUUUGUGUUGCAGUUCUGUAAAUCGAACACAACAUGUCUGUUGAAGGUGCUAGAAUUUCUUCCUGAACUUUUUGACACCUUGAAGGAUGAGGCUUACUCUUUGACUGAGUCUGAAGCAGCCAUCUUUCUUCCAUGCUUAAUAGAGAAGUCGGGGCAUAACAUUGAGAAAGUACGAGAAAAAAUGCGGGAGCUGACCAAACAAAUUGUAACCAUAUGUUCAGCAUCAAAAAGUUUCCCUUAUAUUUUGGAGGGUUUGCGAUCAAAGAACAACCGUACUCGGAUAGAGUGUGUUGAUCUCGUUGGAUUCAUCAUUGAUCACCAUGGAGCUGAGAUUAGUGGACAAUUGAAGUCGUUGCAAAUUGUUGCAAGCUUGACAGCAGAACGAGAUGGUGAAAUUAGGAAAGCAGCAUUAAAUACGCUAGCUUUGGGUUAUAAGAUUCUUGGUGAGGACAUAUGGAGAUAUGUUGGGAAGCUAACAGAUGCUCAGAAAAGCAUGUUAGAUGAUAGAUUUAAGUGGAAGGUACGCGAGAUGGAAAAGAAGAAGGAAGGUAGGCCUGGUGAAGCUAGAGCUGCUUUAAGGCGUUCUGUCAGAGAAAAUAGCUCCGAUGUAGCAGAGCAAAGUGGGGAAGUUUCACGAUCUGUUUCAGGCCCAAUAUAUUCAAGUUACAGGAAAAACUAUGGUCAUAGUGAGCUUCAGAUGGACAGACAGUUGGUGCCCCAGUCUCUUGCUGGUGUCAAUGGCCCCACGGACUGGAAUGAAGCUCUGGAUAUCAUUUCCUUUGGUUCUCCUGAGCAGUCUGUUGAAGGAAUGAAAGUUGUGUGCCAUGAGUUGGCUCAGGCCACUAGUGAUCCAGAUGGCAGUGCAAUGGAUGAACUCGUGAAGGAUUCAGAUAGGCUGGUUUCAUGCUUGGCAAAUAAGGUAGCAAAGACUUUUGACUUCAGUCUGACUGGAGCUUCGUCAAGGUCUUGUAAAUAUGUCCUGAACACUCUGAUGCAGACAUUUCAAAAUAAAAGACUUGCACAUGCUGUCAAGGAGAGUACUCUUGACAGUCUUAUCACUGAGCUUCUGCUUUGGCUAUUGGAUGAAAGGGUUCCCCAUAUGGAUGAUGGCAGCCAACUUUUGAAAGCUUUGAACGUGUUGAUGCUUAAGAUUCUGGAUAAUGCGGACCGAACCUCAUCCUUUGUUGUUCUGAUUAAUCUCUUGCGUCCAUUGGAUCCGUCAAGAUGGCCUUCACUUGCAUCAAAUGAGUCAUUCGCUUCCAGAAAUCAGAAGUUCUCUGAUUUGGUUGUCAAAUGCUUAAUCAAACUUACAAAGGUUCUUCAAAGCACCAUAUACGAAGUUGAUCUUGAUCGCAUCCUUCAAAGCAUCCAUUUAUACCUGCAAGACUUAGGGAUGGAAGAAAUCAGGAGGAGAGCUGGUGCUGAUGACAAACCAUUACGUAUGGUCAAAACUGUGCUACAUGAACUUGUGAAGCUUCGCGGAGCUGCAAUAAAGGGUCACCUUUCUAUGGUUCCUAUAGAUAUGAAACCUCAGCCAAUUAUUCUUGCCUACAUUGAUCUUAAUCUUGAGACUUUAGCUGCAGCAAGAAUGUUGACCUCCUCCGGGCCGGGGGGCCAAACUCAUUGGGGUGAUUCUGUGGCCAACAAUCCAUCAUCUGGCACGCAUUCUGCUGAUGCUCAAUUGAAGCAAGAACUUGCUGCUAUAUUCAAGAAAAUUGGUGACAAGCAAACAUGUACUAUUGGUCUAUAUGAGCUAUACCGCAUAACUCAAUUGUACCCAAAGGUUGAUAUAUUCUCUCAGCUCCAAAAUGCGAGUGAGGCAUUUCGCACUUACAUUAGAGAUGGUUUAGCUCAGAUGGAGAAGAAUGCAGCAGCUGGAAGGACCCCCGCGAGUUUGCCAAUGCCAACCCCUCCUCCUGUGGCCUUAACUAUUUCUUCCCCUGAUUUCACGCCUCUUUCCCCUGUACAUACAAAUGCUUUAAAUGAUGCAAAAUCAUUAAAUGUGAAAUCUGAUCCAACAAACUUUAAUCUACCACCAUCAUAUAGUGAAGACAGCAGGGCCAUAAAUGCCCUUACUUCUUCUAGGGGAUUCACCUCUGAGAACUCAUUAGGCGAUCAAAGAAAUGAGAGAUUUAUAACUGGAGUAACCAGUGGCACGUUAGAUGCAAUCAGAGAAAGGAUGAGGAGCAUGCAAUUAGCAGCAGCUGCUGGGAACCCAGAUGCAGGAAGCAGGCCGCUGAUGUCCAUGAAUGACAGCUUAAACCAUGGAUUUUCUAGUCAGAUUCCGCAUGCAUCAGACCGCAGUGGUGCAGAGAAUACAGUGCAGAGUGGGGUUCUUCCCAUGGAUGAGAAAGCAUUGUCUGGGCUUCAAGCCCGAAUGGAGAGACUCAAAAGUGGGGCAAUUGAACAUCUGUGAAAAUACAUUUAAAUAUAUAUAUAUAUAUAUUCCUUGUAAAUGGAAGGAGGAGAGCCAGAUUACAUUUACGGGCGGCACAAAUAUUCGUUGGGCUAUUUACUCCAGUUGACGUCAUGGCAACCUUUAUUAUUGUAGCAGAGCUAUUAAGAAGUAGCACUUUUUGGCCAUGUGCUAUUGGUUUCUAAUGUUCUGCAUAGUGUAUAUUGUAGUUAAAUCAUCUUUUUGGCAGAUAUGCCUGCUUUGCUCUAAUUUGAUUCAAAUUUAGACA